AUGUAUAAACUAGGGUAAUACAUGCCAAAGCGUUAUGAUAUACUCAACAUAUUAUUAAUAAUUACGCUAUCAUAUCUGUCUUCUAAAAAGUGGUAUGGUCUAUCAAAUAUGGAUUUCAAAAUCUACCAUCUGAUGUCUUUGUUCACUUUAGUUUUUGCUAUGCAAUGCUUGUAAGUCUAGAUCAUAUAUCAUAAUAAAGCCUUAGUAAAAAUAUUCAAAGGAUUUUCAAAUCUUUUAGAAGAGUAAAACAUUAAAUAUUCCUUCGAUCUCCUAAAUUCUGAACAAGAUAAUAACAAUUAAAAUAGCACUACAACAAGCAAGCAAAAGCCAAAUCAAAUUUAUAUGACUUUGGAUGAUCUUAGUGCUGGUAUAUCUAUUUAGGAGGAAUUUAAAUCUGAUAAGAAGUUGAAUUAAACUCUCUUGAGUUUCAUUGAAAAAAUUAGAAAGAAUAUCAGUAAAUCAACUGCUCAAUAAAAGUUCUAUAUUAAGAUUCAACCAAUCAACAUUUCAAUUGAAAUCAACAUAGUCUAGUUUGAGCAAGAUUCAUAGAUUCUUCUUCUAUUCAAAGAAAUAGGUGCCUUUAAAAAACUUCAAAAAUCUAAGACUAGAGAAUAGUUCACAAAUGUUUUCAUUAACUCAACAGCUCAUAAUAUUUUUACGCCCAUAAAUGGAAUGAUUGGAGUACAGUAAUUACUAGAAAGGACUGUAUCUGGUAAUAGAGAGGCUAUGCAAUACUGUAAUUUAAUGAAUAUUUGCCUGUAAAAUCUUAUCUUCAAUACUAAAAACAUUAUUGAGCUUUCUAAAAUUCGACUUAAGAAAUCUGUUUAAAAACUAGAGGAAAUCAAAUUAGAUUCAGUACUGAAUGAGAUCACUAAUUUAUUCAGCUAAGAAAUAUCUAUGAAGUAGAUUCAAAUUAAUAAGUCAAUAUAAAGUGUCAUUCUAAAUAAUAAUCUACUCAUAGACCAUGAGAAACUUAGUCUUGUUCUUUUCAACAUUCUCAGCAAUGCUUUCAAGUAUACCUAAUCAGGUUUUAUUGCACUAUCUGCAAAAGUAGUUACUUAUAGAGAACUUCAAUUAAAGAUACUGGAAGAAUAAGACGAAAGUGUGGAAUAUGACUUAGGAUCAAAUCUGAAUGACAAUUCUAUUUUGAUCCAAUCAUCUCCUAGUAGUCAAUAGCUCGAUGAUUACAGAUAAUAGUGCAUUCAAUCUAUUUUAAAGAAUGGCUCAAUGGGUAUGCAGUAUCUUUCAUUUAGCGUAAUUGACACAGGGAUAGGAAUGGACUAGACCAAUACAAGGUAACUAUUUAAUCUAUUUGGGAAAGUAAAGCUUUCAGAUGAACAAAUUAGCUAGCAAGGAAUGGGUCUAGGUCUGACAGUUUCUAACUUAAUUUGUGAGGAUCUAGGAGGUAAACUUUUCCUUGAAUGGACUUUGCCUGGUAAAGGAUCCAAAUUUUAACUUUAUCUACCUGUUCAAAUUAACAACGAUUAAAGUAGUCAGUUCUUGUUUUUCAAUCAAUCUUUUACUGAAGAAUCAAAAUACUCUUUUAUCGAAAGACCAAAUACAGAUUACAGAGAAAAUUUAGAUUUGGCAGACAUUGAUGAUUUAGAACCAUAAAUCAGAGAAAAAUAUUUGAUGGAAUUACAACCAGUUUUUUCAAGAAAGCUAGCCUUAAAUAGCAGUUUAGAAAAUAUCAAUACCAACUUUAUAUUGACCAAUAGGAGUUAAAUGAGAGAUAGCAUAAUUGAGAAGUACCCUUCUAUUUUAGUAGUUGAUGAUUGCGCGUUCAACAUUGAUAUUCUCUCAAUGAUGCUUCAUCAACUAUUUGACUUGAAAAUUGAUUUUGCUAUGUCAGGACAUGAUGCAAUAAAAAAGGUUAAAAGCAGACUAUUCUUGAGUUAGACAGAUAAUAGAAUAUAAAUGUAUAAACUUAUCAUCAUGGAUAUAAACAUGCCAGUAAUGGAUGGAGUUGAAGCUACUAAAAAUAUUAAGUAACAAUUUCAGUUUUGCAAUCAAUAUGCUAAGAUAGUCGCUCACUCAGCGAUGCCAGAAGAAUAGUUUAGGACUAAUGCUGAAAGAUGGUUUGAUGGAUUUUUGUAAAAACCGCUAAAUUCUACUAAGCUACAUGAGAUUUUAAUCGAUGCUAAAAUCAAGUCUUGA